CCUCAGGUCCAACACCAAGAGCUCUUGUUCUCAAAAACGCACCCCACUUGCAACUUGCAACUCUCUCUCUCUCUCUUUCUCUCUCUCGUUGACAUAAAAGAAAAGGGGGAAAACGGCGAUGCAGGGGCUACGGCGGUGCUCAAACGACGUCGUUCAGCUGGACCUAUCCACUACAGUGACGACCACAAACACAUCAUCAACCUCACUCUCCAUCGACGUUGAGGAAUCAGUGGAGACCAAGAUCCAACGGCUCAUAACAGAGCACCCAGUCAUCAUAUUCACACGAUCUUCUUGCUGCAUGUGCCACGUCAUGAAGAAGCUUCUCGCUACCAUCGGAGUUAACCCAACCGUCAUCGAAUUGGACGACCACGAGAUCGCCGCCCUCCCUUCCUCCUCCGAAGACGGACCUGGUGCCGCCUCCAAUCUCCGGAACCGCACCCCCGCCGUCUUCAUAGGUGGCGCCUGUGUUGGUGGUCUCGAGUCCCUCGUGGCUCUCCACGUCAGCGGUCACCUUGUUCCUAAGCUCGUUCAAGUCGGUGCUCUCUGGGUAUGAAUAUCAAAAUCAAUUAUCCAAAUUAUAAAUUUCCUUUUCUCUAUUAAAAAUAUCAAUAUUGUUAUUUCUUCCU